AAAAGUUAGCUAGUUAACAUUCAAGUGUGAAAGAAUCAAUAAGUGUUUAUAGUUUUUAAAUUUACUGAUUUGAUUUUUAGUUAAAUUGAACAAUUUAAAUUAAAUUUUGUGUUAACAUUUAUCAGUAACAUUUUAAAGUGAUUAAUAUGAAUUUCAUUGCAAAUGAAGAUAAAAUUAAUGUAAUCUCGGAUGAAACAUCAAUAAAUGAAUUCAUAAAACAUGUUGUAAAAACAACAAAUAUUUCGAAUCCCUUUUACAUAUUGGAUAUUCAUAACUUAGUGAACAAUAUAAAAACAUGGAAAAAUAACUUGCCAAGGGUAAAACCAUUCUAUGCUGUAAAAUGUAAUGACAAUGUAAUCGCAUUGAAAAUCUUUGCAGCAUUUGACUUUGGUUUUGAUUGUUUUACAGAAGGAGAAAUAAAGAAAGUAUUAGACUUAGGAGUAAAUCCUUCUCGUAUAAUUUUUGCAAAUCCAACAAAAAUACUUUCACAUGUAAAAUUUGCAAAAAAUAAAUCUGUUAACUUAACAGUUUUUGAUAAUGAGAUGGAACUUGACAAAAUGAAAUCAACAUAUGAAUUAUGCAAGUUACUUAUAAGAAUCCGAAGUGAUGCAUUGACAUGUAAAAGCUCUCCUUUCGGUAUAAAGUUUGGAUGUGAUCCUGUUACUGAAGCUCCAAAAUUAUUGUCCUUGGCUUACAAUUUAGGUUUAUCAGUUGUGGGAGUUAGUUUUCAUGUCGGAUCUGGAUGCAAUGAACCAGAAGCUUAUAGAAGAGCUAUUUUAGCGUCUGCUAAUGUUUUCAGUCAUGCAAAGAAAAUAGGUUUUAAAAAUAUGCAUAUACUCGAUAUAGGUGGUGGAUUUCAUGGUAAGAUUGACAAGUUUGCAGGUAUCAUUAAUGAGGCAUUGGAUGAAUUGUUUCCUCCAGAUAGUGGAGUUAACAUUAUAGCAGAACCAGGUAGAUAUUUUGUGGAAUCAUCUUUUACCCUUACUACUCAAAUUCACUCGAUAAAACGUGGUUCUUGUAACGGAGAAAUUAUGUAUUUCAUUAAUGAUGGAAUAUAUGGAUCGUUCAUGGACAUAUUAAUAGAAAGAGCAAAAUACAUUCCUAAACCCUUAACGGCUUGUUCAGAUGAAUUAGUUCUAAGCUCAUUAUGGGGACCGACAGCUGACAGUAUAGAUUUAUUAAUGAAAUCUAUUUAUUUGCCGCGAAUGAAUAUUGGCGAUUACAUCAUUUUUGAAAAUAUGGGUUCAUAUUGUAGAGCUAUAGCAACCACGUUUAACGGUUUCAACAUUCCCAAAGUAUAUGCCGUGGUAAAUCAUCAAACUUUUACCAGUAUCGAUAACGGGUGAAGUAUUGUACUAAUAAUGAUGACAAUUGAUUAUUGACUAACCAAUACUAGCGUUGUAUUGAUUAGCGUUUUGUUUAAUUACUGAUCCAGUAUUGGUGAUCAGUACUUGGAUGUCAUUGUUGACAGAGUACUGUUGUAAUACUGGUUAUAUAAAACUUCCAGUACUGAUUUGUCAGUACAGAAAAACGUUAUCAUUCUAGAAAUGUGUCAGUAUUAGUGCAAAACUGUGCCUGUUAUCAAAUUCUGAUUGCGAAAUUUUUA